AAUUAAAAUAAUCCCUGCAACAAGUGCAAAGAAUUGUGAUCCCUUUAUAGAUGAUGAAAAAAAAAAUUAAAAUAGCAGAAGAGGUUUAACUUUCUACCAAGGAGCCAUCUGUUCUCUUAGGGGGAUUUUCAGGUGCCUUUACCAUCCAGCAGAAUUAAAGAGAUCCAAGUUCGCAGGAGACAGAGUGUGGUCAUGUCAUCAACUGACUUCCUGUACCAAGAUAACUUUACUGAAUACUUCGAAGAUUAUGAGGAAGAUGAGCCAGCCCAGGCCUACCUCAGUCAUACACAAAUCACUUCUCUUGUGCUACAGAUGGUGGCUUUUCUCUUAGGAGUACCUGGCAAUGCAAUAGUUAUUUGGAUCAUGGGCUUCAAAUGGAAUAAGACAGUUACAUCCAUCUGGUUCCUCAACUUGGCAAUUGCAGACUUAAUAUUUGUUUUGUUCCUGCCCCUAUAUAUUACAUAUGUCAUCAUGGGCUUCCACUGGCCUUUUGGGAAAUGGUUGUGCAAAGCAAAUGCUUUUAUGACCUUGCUCAACAUGUUUGCCAGUGUUUUCUUCCUGACAGCAAUCAGCCUUGAUCGUUAUGUCCAUCUGAUCCACCCUGCCUUCUCUUAUAAGCAUCGGACACUCAGGAAUGCCUGUAUCCUGAUUCUGCUCAUUUGGAUUUUGGCUACAGUUCUUGGAAGCCCAGCACUGUAUUUCAAAGACACAUUCAUAUCCCCCCAAAAUGUCACCAUAUGCUAUUACAACUUUCACCAUGACUUUGAUGUUAUUGUAUUCAGACAUCACACACUUACAUGGAUAAAGUUCAUUUGUGGCUAUCUCUUUCCACUCUUAACUAUGAUUGUUUGUUAUUCCUUUCUAGUCAGCCAGGUUAAAAAAAUUACAGUACUAACCUCCAGCAGGCUCUUCUGGACUAUUCUUGUGGUGGUGGUGGUUUUUUUUAUUUGCUGGACCCCGUAUCAAAUAUUUACCAUUCUGGAACUGUCAGCUCAUCAUAAUACCUCUUUGCAUGAUUUGCUUGAAAGUGCCAUACCUCUUUCUAUUGGCUUUGCCUUCAUCAAUAGUAGCCUGAACCCUAUCCUUUAUGUCCUUCUCAGUAAGAAGCUCUCAUCCUCCUUUAGUGUGACAUUCUCAGAGUUGGUCAAACACACCCUGUGGGAAGUCAGCCGAUCUGCCACAGUGAGCGAUCACGGUCAGAAUUCCCUGAGUCUGCAGUUGACUGAAGCCCCAGUGAUAGAACACACUCUGGAGGAAAUUUUGCAGUGACUGCCUGUCUCUUUGUAAGUUAAAUUCAGUUUAGCACUAGGUUAACAUAUGCCUGGGUACAAAUAAAUAGACGAUAAGCUUUUUACAAGUUCUGUUAAAGAUCUUUAAUUUUUGACAGAGCUCUCAGAGCACAUAUGUCUCUCUUAACUCCUGCCUGAACUCUUCUCAGUCAAAUAGGGAUGAACAUUAAUGCAGCUUAGAACAAUGUAAAUGUAUGGCUGAAGGCCCCAACAUUUCGCUUGCAAGUAUAAUAAGGCUUCUGCAAUCAAUCUUUUUCACUAAUUAUCCUUUAGGAGUUAUAGGGGAGUAGUCUCAGACUGGUAAAGUAGAACAAUAUGAGAAUAAUCUUUGCUUUCCUAUCAGUUUCAACUUGGUGAAUUUUUCUAGGCUGAGGUUAAAAAUGUUACAAGGGAAACACAAGAAGAAGAAAAAAAGAGAUUUUGUAGAAGCAUAAGAUUUUGAAAUAUAUUCUAUAUCCUAGUAUUGCCUUUUUUAUCAUUUUUCAAAAAUAAAAAAAUGGUAUCAGUGAGGAAUUCAGGGCAGAUUAAUAAUUCUGGGCUAUAAAUGUAUAAGGAAGUGUUAUUAUAAAUAUUUUCUCUUGUGUUGUCUAAAAUGCACAAUGUUACAAUAUUUAUAGUAAUACAGUAUUAUAUUAUAGUGCUAUAGUAAUACAGUACUGUAUUUACGAUGCUUCUAACACAAAUGAAAAUAUAUAAUGUAAGCACAAUUUGAUCUCUUCUUUUGUUACUGUUGUUGCUUGAAUAUAGACAUUUACAUAUAUUAAAAGACUUUUCUGUUAUUGCUUUCAGGGAGGCAUCUGAAUGAGUAAUCUUGCUUACAAGGCAUGAUUAACUCUGCUGGUUAUGUUAUGUACCACUAGAACUGCAUAUAAUAUUAACAUUUUUCAGGGCAGCCUAUGAUUAAAAUAAGAUAUUUAUACAUGAGGUUUGUGGGCCAUUAAAAGGUUUAUACCUACAGAAAUCUAUGGGAGUAUUUGUAUUUUAAGAAGGAAGGAGUAUGCUAGUAGUUUUUGCAAUAAAACAGAAAGAAAAUGGUAUUUAUAAAUAAAGGGGGCUUUUAAAGACCAAAGAAUCGUGAAAUAAAGACAGAUGUAAUCAUAAACAUUAGAAAAUGUGGUUUACAAUGCCACCACCACUCAUUAUUUUCUUAUAGCACACUGAAAUUUCUUUAGAUGGCGUCCCUCCCCUAUUCAUUGGAUAAUUCUUGCCCAUAUCCCACAUCUGUUGGACCUUCCUUUUGAGGCCAUUUCCAUACUAAUGUUGCUCCUACUAUGCAAAUGUUCUGAUACAAUUCAAAACUGUCCUGAAGACAUGUUCACCACUACUGAGUUCAAAAUACUGAGAACAUGCACGGAACAUCAUUAGCCAGACAGCGCAUGCCUCCAUCUGAUCAAAGGAGAAUGCAGAGUUUAGCCAGUGUUCUGCUGCAAGCUACUCCAGAGCCCAGAACAACAAUAUUCCCUCUCUC